AUGGAGUUUCAUUGUAGCAGUCAUACUCGAUCUGAAAGGCAAAUGGGAACAGACCCUAAUCUUGAAUUCGAAGGUGUCGAGUACAGCGAUGUUUACUAUGCGGAGCUUAAGAAGCAGAUUUUGCUUUUGACCGCCGAUGACGACGAAGAAGUUGAUGUUACAAACCAUUCCAGGUUGGUUGAUAUUCAAAGGAAACAGGACUCGAACAGCUUAACCAACAGUUUUCCUACAACAUUACAGCCAGGAAGCUACUUCAACUGGUGGGAGAGGCAGAAAACUGAUUUGGUACCAACUUGGCCUGAGAACUUAUGGAGAUCUAAUGGCAAUGGAACUGGGGUAUUCAUCCCUCAAAUUGUGAAAUCUAGAAGAUACAGGCGUGGUGGAGUGAAUAACGUGAGGAGACGAUACACAAGCCAGUGGAGUAUUGCAGAUAGCUAAAUUUGAUUCUUCCCAGAUCAUGUUAUUGAUAGGGGGUUUUAGGUUGCAAUAUAACGCCUGCAAAAGAAUCAACAGCUGUAACAGUACCAACAAUAAGAGAUGUGCUUUAACAUGUAUGCAAAUCGAUAGAAAUAUUUUAACAAUGAUGCCACAUGAAUUCUAAACAUCACCCCAGCUCUGGGAUCAUAACCAAGAAAUGGGAUUUCUGGGUGCCAAUUAUACAGCAGAGCAUCAUUAGAUUACUAGCUAUCUUAUAACACUAUUGUCGCAACGUGAGGUGACGAUUACAUCCAUCCACGGCUAUAGAGCAUGCCUAAUUACACAUGUAAGAUAAAUCUACUCAGCAACCACUCGACCUAUAGUAUUGUAUGUUCUUCUCAAUACCAUACACUUCUAUAUGAUGCAGAACCUUUGACACAGGGGAGGGGGCCGAAAUACCCAGCAACAAUCAAAGAGAUCAAACAAGAAACAAUAUGACAUGCAUGGGGUACUCAAGUCAUCUUUUAAGGUAGCAUCACAUCUAAGCAUUUACUGCAGCAAUGAAGUCACUGAGUCCAUAAAGUAACUUCUUCAUUAGUAAAAGGUAAAAACAAACUCCCUCCAAAUUGCAAGAUUCAUGUAACCAAUGUCUAGCGGCAUGAAAUACAGCUAUUUCAAAUAUCAAUAGAGUAUUCAAGAAUAAACAACUCA